AUGUCACACAUGUGGAGUCUGCUCUUUUUCCUCAUCGGAACAGCAUAUGCGGCUGAGGUCUGUUUCGAUGAGCUCGGCUGCUUUGAUGACCUGCCUCCGUGGGGGGGCACCGCUCAGAGACCAUCCUCCGCCCUGCCCUGGCACCCUGAGGAGAUCGGCACCCGCUUCCUCCUCUUCACCCAGAAGAACCGUUGCUACCAGGAGAUAAAGGCUGAUAAAAGCAUCCAGGCGUCAGACUACAGCAGGACGAGGAAGACCCGCUUCAUCAUUCCUGGGUAUCUGAAGGAAGGAGACGAGGACUGGCCCCAGGAGAUGUGUAAGGCCAUGCUGACCUGGGAGAAUGUGAACUGCAUUGCUGUGGAGUGGAAGAAAGCCGUGAGGACUCAGUACGUGCAGGCUGCCAACAACGCCAGGGUGGUGUCUGCCCAGGUGGUCUCCAUGAUCACCUUCCUCAAGAGCAAGUACAGGCAGCAGGCUGAUAAGUUCCACAUCAUCGGACACAGCCUCGGAGCUCACGCUGCAGGAGCCGCCGGCAGCAGGAUCCCCGGCCUCGCACGCAUCACAG